AAAGAGCCCUGCCCGGCUCCUUUCACCGGAGAGUGGUACUUAUAAGCAAGAUCAGGGGGCCUGCAGUUCCUCUUCAGGUGAAACUUAAGCCUCCGAACCCCGCGCAUCAGCCAGGCUUGCCCGGGCCCCACCGAACCUCCCGGCCUGCAGUGCGUGCCGUGCGCAUGCGCGCCGGGGAGACGUGCCGUCGGACGGCAGUCAGGACGCUGGCGUGAGGCAGUCGGAGCCGAGCAGCUCGGCAGUGUCCUUGCGCUCCCGCCCUGCUUCGGUACGCGGCUGCGGCCGGAGACUUUGCAGGUGAAAAGAUGGCGUUUGUGAAGAGUGGAUGGUUGCUGAGACAGAGUACUAUUUUGAAGCGCUGGAAGAAGAAUUGGUUUGACCUGUGGUCAGAUGGUCACCUGAUCUAUUAUGAUGACCAAACUCGGCAGAGUGUGGAGGAUAAGGUCCACAUGCCCGUGGACUGCAUCAACAUCCGUACGGGACAUGAAUGUCGGGAUAUUCAGCCUCCAGAUGGGAAGCCAAAAGACUGUCUGCUGCAGAUUGUUUGCCGAGAUGGGAAAACCAUCAGUCUUUGUGCAGAAAGCACAGAUGAUUGUUUGGCCUGGAAAUUUACACUUCAGGAUUCCAGGACAAACACAGCUUAUGUUGGCUCAGAAGUCAUGUAUGAUGAGACUGCCGUGGUUUCCUCCCCACCUCCUUACACAGCCUAUGCUGCACCAACCCCUGAGGCAUACGGCUAUGGUCCAUACAGUGGUGCAUACCCGCCAGGAACUCAAGUUGUCUAUGCUGCAAAUGGGCAGGCUUAUGCUGUACCCUACCAGUACCCAUAUGCAGGACUUUAUGGACAGCAGCCUGCCAACCAAGUCAUCAUUCGUGAGCGGUAUCGAGACAAUGACAGUGACCUGGCACUGGGCAUGCUGGCUGGAGCAGCCACAGGCAUGGCCUUAGGGUCUCUGUUCUGGGUCUUCUAGAGUCCUUGGAACCUGGAUGUGCAUAGCUUCUGAUACCCUGUGUGCAAUAAUAUAAUUUGCAGGGCAUUUCUGUUUGUUAUAAAUGUUUUUAAUAAUAGUUUUAGUAGUUCUUUUGAAAGUAGUGACAUCAUACUUAUAACUAAUCCAUAUAAGUACCACAGAGAAGGCUUUGGACUGCUGUUUAGCUAACACGUGGACUAGUUGGGGGCACUGGCUCAUUCUAGGAGUUUUUUUAUGGAACUCUCAGAAUACCUUAUUUGAACACACCUGUUUGGAAAGGGCAUUUUCCUUUUAGAGUUAGGCCUUAGUGCUUAAGGGAUAGUUAUUUUAGUGUUACGCUAGUAACGUCGUGAUGUAUGAGUGGUGAGUGAUUGUGGCAAGAAGAACUGCAGCUGUUUUGGUUUAAUGCCAGACUUUGAAACCUCAGACCAGACCUGGCUGCACGUUACUUCAGGAGUCGUAGGCUGGAACCUUCCUGAAUCAGCGGUGUGAUAUCGCCACAGCCUCUGGGGCUCUGCAGGCUUCCAGCAAAGCCGACUGCUUAGGAUGAUGGGCGGGAUGGCAGAUCCCCCGCUUUAAAAUGAUGCUUUUCAUUUUAUUUUUACUAGUUUGUUUUUGGUAGUGAUCCUUGGAAAACAUCCCAAAUUAAGAGUAGACUUGUGUCUCAGCGUUUUAGGGCUUUAUCAUUUAAAACUUGAACAAGGCAAAACAAUUACAAAUAAGUGUGUGGAGGUAGAUUUGCUUUAUUCAGAGGCAUCAUGUUUUAAGUGUUUGCUUUGAGUAUUUUUAUUGCCACUUCAGCCUACUUAUAGCUUAUUUUUCUACUUGUUGAGAAAGUAAUAUUAAGAGAAUGGUGAAGAAAGUGGAAUGAGAGCCAUAGUUACAGUGUUACAGUUUUAGGGGAUUGCGCUGCACUGAGGAUCCCCUUUCCCACCCUUCUGAAGGCUGUUAAAGAGCCUGUUUCCUGUCCUGUGCAGGACUGGGGCGCUGUGGCUGUCCCUGAGCACUGGGGUGCGUGGAGCCCCGGUGGUGGCAUGGUGGGGGAGACUCAGAUUACAGAUGGGAGUUGCGGUCUAAGGACAUGAAUGACCUGCUCAAGGUAUUCCUCCAUCUGACCAGGACACUGGCCUUGUUUUCAUUCUUGACUCAAAUGUCACAGAGAAGCUUAAAACCAUUUAAUUUGAGCCCCAACUAUCUGUGAAGCUCUGGAAGACUGAGAGUCAUGCAUUUUUGUUAUUUCUUAUUUCUUUAUUUAUGUAAAUUUUAAAACUUCAGUUAUUCCAGUUUUCUGUCCUGCAUGCUUUAAACAAUGUACUUUUACAAAGGCAGUUUAGCACAUUGAAGGUCUCUGCCCCUGUACUCCAUGUGGCCCUAUUUUCCAUAAAAUACACUCCUAGUAGCACAAAUUCCGUUUUUAUUCUAUGUGGCCAGUUACAUACAUAGUCUUUUGUUUCACUGAUCAACCCAUUCCAUCUCUAAGUCAGACUUAAAUAGAUCUAUCUCCGUAUGAAACCAGAUGCCAAAUGAACUUUGUGGUGACCACAGGUGUGUUUUCCUAGCCAAUUCUAUUGCACUUGUUGACACUGGAGAGUCUGUUUCCAGCUGAAAAGAAGUAUACUUGGCUGUCAUCUCUUUGGAUGUUUGACAUGGUGGAAAGUUGCCAGAUGUGAUGUGUGACGACACUGGUUUUGAUGGUUAAAAAUGUUGCUUUAGUUAUUUUACAUCGUAUGUAGUAAGAAUGGUUUUGUUCAGAUGGUAACCAUUAUUCGAGCUGUAUGUUUUACUUACAAAAUACUAAACUCAGUUUUUCAUGUUGCAUCAUUUUGAACUUGGAGUUAACUGGAACCACAGGUACUGAGUUACGUCAGUGAAAUGCCCUUGAAGCAGAUGGUCUCCUUUUGUUCCCCUGGCUUCCCUCUGACAGAAGGGGGAGAGCUAUGGACUGAAGCUUGGGCCCACGUGUGCCCCCCCAUCUCCAGUCCCUGUCCCCAGCGGGGCCAGCCCCACUGGGCAACUGUAGUUGAGUCUGGAAGUUCACUGUCACUAGUGACUUGAUCCUGAGAGGAAAUGCAUACCCUGUAUAAAGAUGGGCUGAGAUACUUCAUUUCCCUGGCCCCAGCUCUCGUAGAUGCCAACGCUUAGGUAAUCCUAAAUCAAGAAGUUAGGUGAGUUGGAAGGAACUUGUUCAGGUUUAGUCAGUAUUUUACUUCCAUGUGUACUUUUAGCUAGUUGGCCGUUGACAUUGCACACAUGCCAGUUGGCUUGUUUCUUAGCUCUGUUCUUUUAAUUACUUGAGUUAACUUCAGGGUCUUAGAUGUAAAGAGAAGGGAGAGACCCGUGGUUGUGUUUCAGGUCAUCAUUCAUGAAACGGGCCAGACCAGGACACAAGAUCUGGAUCAUGGGAGAAGUUCCUGCCAUUGAGACAGAAUGAUCCACAUUUAUUUUCUACAUUACUUGUGAUACUGUGUGCUUUCUUUCUCCUUCCCAAGUUUAUGUAGACACCAGCAUGGGAUGCAGUUCCGUUUUUUUCCCCUAGGGUUGAUCUUUUUUUCUGAUUGCUUGCCUGUCUCUAGUAUUCUGUUGUGUCCUCAGAACCUAUUUUUCCCUGUAUAUGCAAAUUGUAUGUUUAUAAGUGAAAAUGUUAAUACAGUAAAUGAUUGUUAACCUUAAAGCAUA